GCCUUUCCUCCGGUCCUUGGGACCGGCCGGUGCGCGCGUCCCGCGGCCGUCGGAUGCGCUGGGUGGGGCCGGGGUGGUUCCCCCUGCUCCCCCCCCACCCCCCAUUUCUAGGGUGACUGUGCCGCUGACGUCAGGCAGCUUUUGGUUCAUUCCCUGGCAAGGGGAGUUUAUUUUCAUGACAGCAAGCGGUGCCGCGGAACUGGAAUAGGCGUGUCCUCUCCCCCUGACCCUCUCCCUCCCCUUGUCCCUCUGCUCACCCCCUCGCUCGCUCCCUCCCUCCGGCUACUGCUGCCUUUAUAACCGCUCGGCGCCGAAAGGGCGGGAUAGCGCCUGCCGGCUUCCCCAGCACCCAGGGGCUCCAGAGCCGCCUCCGACGCGCGGGAAGCGAGCAGCUCAAGUUCACGCGCCAAAGCGAGGGCUUAAGGACGACAAUGGCUACCACAUCCCCUCAUGGUUGCCUCUCCAGCCUGGCCGCCAGGUACCAUAGACUUUGCGAUACGAAUGAAAUCUGGGGCAUUGUCCUAGAAGCAGUGGCCGCAGUUGGGGCCGUGACCUCGGUGGCCUUUAUGUUCGCUCUCCUGAUUCUCGUCUGCAAGGUGCAAGACUCCAACAGGCGAAAAGUGCUCCCGACCCAGUUCCUCUUCCUCCUGGGUGUUCUGGGGAUCUUCGGACUCACCUUCGCUUUCAUCAUCCAGCUCGACGGCAGCACCGGGCCCACCCGUUUCUUCCUCUUCGGGGUCCUCUUCUCCCUCUGCUUCUCCUGCCUCCUGGCUCACGCUUUCAACCUGACGAAGCUGGUGCACGGGAGGAGGCCCCUGUCCUUGCUGGUGAUGCUGGCCCUGGCCGUGGGCCUCAGCCUCGUGCAGGACAUCAUCGCCGCGGAGUACCUCAUCCUCACCAUGAACAGGACCAACGUCGCCAUUUUCUCUGAGCUUUCAGCCUCUCGGCGCAAUGAAGACUUUGUCAUGUUGCUCAUCUACGUCCUCUUCCUGAUGGCGCUGACCUGCCUCAUGUCCUGCUUCAUCUUCUGUGGGGCCUUCAGCGGCUGGAAGAGACACGGGGUCCACAUCUUCCUCACCAUGCUUCUCUCCAUCGCCAUCUGGGUGGCGUGGAUCACCCUGCUCCUGAUUUCCACCUUUGGCCCCACGUGGGAUGAUACCAUCCUCAGCUCGGCCUUGGUGGCCAAUGGCUGGGUGUUCCUGUUGGCUUAUGUUGCCCCCGAGUUUCGGCUGCUUACAAAGCAACGGAACCCCAUGGAUUACCCCGUUGAGGAGACGUUUUGUAAACCUCAACUCAUGAAGCAGAGCUAUGGUGUGGAGAACAGAGCCUACUCUCAAGAGGAAAUCACCCAAGGUCUUGAAGAGCUAGGGGAUACGCUCUACGCUCCUUAUUCGACCCAUUUUCAGCUGCAGAAUCGGACCUCCCAAAAGGAUUUCUCCAUCCCACGGGCCCAGACUCGGACUAGCCCUUACAAUGACUAUGAAGGAAGGAAAGACGGCAGUUAGCCGUUCUGAAGAGUGGGACAGACAGCAAGUCAGUCAACCAGUGGGGAGUUCCGAGAGCUAUGGGCUAAAUCCCGAGCCACCUGAGGAAACUGUACAAAACCUUUUGGGAAGAACUUGCCUUGCCUUGGCUUCUGGAGUUGCUGGGCGGCUAACAAGACUCCAAGGCCUAGCACUCUAGUAUUUUCCUUUGUCCCAGGCACUUCUUUUUAGUGGGAGGGAGCCUCCAACAACUCAGGGUGUGCCCCUUACUGAGCCCAGUCAUUUCACCAGUGACUAAAGCCGUGGUCAUCUGACGCUUUCUGGCUCAGUGAGCUUCAGGAGCCUGCUCUGGUCGCUCAAGGCUGGUUUUGGGAGGACCGCUUGGCCCAGAGCAGAACUGCAAAUCUGAGCGAGAAGAGCCAAGGCCUGUCCCUGCUGAAAUCUACACUGGAAGCCAUCUGACUGGCAUGCUCCCACCUUGCCUGGGUACGAGAGGCCACAGGUCACCCCAAAUGUACCCAUCUCUGUGGCACUACCACGGGACCCUGUGGGUCCCCAGCACCAAUUCACUGGUCUCCAUUUCCAAAUUUGGUGUCCAUCCCUGGACAUUUGUCCCCUGUCUGCUUUCCCAGAACUUUCUCUUCUGUAUCUCGUGGGCAGGGGACAAGCCCCGAUUUCUCCUUGGUGGGAGAAUUCAUGCUCUGUUCUUGCUCUAAAUUCCUGGCACGGAUUCUUCUAUUGUCCCCUUGCCUCUCAGCUUCUGUAAAUAGCUUCACACUGUGUUCACCACCUGUGUUCUGUAAGUGGGCAUUGUCUACAAAUGGGGAAUGUUCCUUGUAGAAUAAGUUUUCCCUGCUCCUCACGUGGAGACGCAAUAAAGAUAUGGUCGCAGGUCCUUGACGGUGGCAGAGGGACAGUAUGAGGGGUGUGCGCUGGACCUGAAGGAGAGACGGCGGGGACUCAUCUUCACAUGGAGCUGAGGUCCUGGAGCUGAAGUUCAAGGUUCAAUUCCACUGGGUGUGCACUUGACCCUUCUCUAGACAUUUCUCCUUCUCCUCCUUAUGUCAAAGACAAGUGUGUUUUCCCUAUUUGUUGAGGUGAGGGGCAAGGGUGACACAGGGAGCCAGGAAGGGUCACGGAUCCUGAGGUUUUGCUGCAGGAAGGCAGAGGAGUCACGACCUUGGAAUGGGGUUUGGCAGGCCAAGUCAGACAGGGACGAGCUUUCAAAGGCAGCUUUAUGGUCCCCAGGUUUAAUUGUAGGAGGACAUAUAUUCAGAUCCCUAUUUGACAAAAAUGGUUCAUAAUAUCCUUUGGAGAAGACACAGUACCUGACAGUUUUUAUUUACUUUAUUCCAGAAACAGCUGUGUGGAGCAGGGCCAACAAGGAACAGUGUUUGACGAAGAAAAAAAAAAAAAAUCCCCAUGUACUGAAACUGGAUGACAUUUAAAACCUUGUAGCUGAGUUAGGGGGUUACCUCCUAAGAGCCCGAUGCUCUGCUUUUCAUCAAAAGGAAAACCUGGUGUGGGAAGAGGGUUGAGGUGAUGUUGGAGGUGAACCGACGACACUCUGAAUUAAGGAUAUGUACAUGCCACAGAGAUUUGGUUGAUUGUUUCUCACAUGGCUUUGCACUAACAUUAGCCUAGUUUUGCACUGAAAAGGGGGAAUUACAAGUCAUGAUUUGGAUCCUUCUAGACCAUUUUAGUCUUUUCUUAAGAGGCCAUAACCUGGUGAGGUUGUUAUGAGGGGAACACAAUAUAAUUCCAAGUCAGUCUGUCACAGUGUAGGUACUCAAGAAAUACACAUCCCCCCCCCACCUCUUUUCUUUCCUCCUCUGGACUUUAGCCCAUCAACCAAGCAAAGGGGGCUGAGUGAAAGGUAAAGCCACAGAGGACCCUGGAUCUGCUUUCUUGUUAGGGAAAAGCAUCGCCCAGACCUUUGUAUCUCUUCAGCCUCUUCAAAAACAGGGGAAAACACGGGAAUGGCACUCUCUUCUAAGAAAUACAGCAUUGGGACAAGUAGACCAUCCCCUCACUGAAUUCUUUUCCUUGCCAGGAGGUAGAUAAACUCUCCCCCCAUUCAAACAGCCUUUGUCAUCCCCGUGGCUGCUACUCCGUCUUCAGGUCUUACGUGGUCAGGACAUAAUUAAACUCUUCUGUUAAAAUAGGGACAUUGCAGGGACUAAAAGUGUUGGCACUUGGCGAUUGCUGUGGUACCGGAGAAGAGGGUUUCAAAGACUUCCUCUUAGGUCCCCACCAUCCCUGGGCUGAAAUAGAAGUGCAGAUUUAGCCUAGCCUGGUCCCUGAGUGAUGCCCAUUGGUUGACUAUUGGGAACCCAAAUGGCCUCUCCUUUGAACUAGGUAAUGAAAGGAACCUCAACAAUCUUCCUCCCAGCUUUCACCGCCAGGUGGGAAAUAGACUGUCUCCCCUCUGGGCCUCUCACUCCAGGCUGGGGCCGCUCCGCGGCCGCCAUACUCCAGGUGUCCACUUGAUGGCGGUAAAACCUCAGGGAUGGCCCUCGGGGAGCCGAGCCUCCGCGAAGCAAACCUCUUGCAGCAGCUUUCCGGUGAUGUUCAAUGGGCUCUGGGCCAAUGUGUCCCAUUUUAAAAGGCUCCUGUGCCUGAGCUGUUCACGCAUUCCCUCCCACCAUCGUUAGAGGACACAUCUCCUUUGACAGACUUUCGGGGCCCCGUGUCUUAUUUUUGUGAAACUCUCCAAGGUAUUUGGAGCCCAUUUGCAUGCAACCUGGCAUCUUCGCAGACAGUGGCCUCAUAUGCUGUUAUUAAUGUGGACGAGUAUUUAUGUGGUGAGAACAUCGGCUUUCUGUCAGGAAAAGUGUGCCCAAACAAAGAGCACUGCCUGGCCCUGGAAAUGGAAAUCCCCAACCCCCACCCCCGCCCCCAGCCCCAGUCCCAGCCUGCAUUCUGGGUUCCCUUCCUGCAUUUCUACACUUGGCCUUACUGCUAAGACCGAACUGUGCCCAGUUCAUCUUCUCCUUCCUGGCCUGCUUCCUUCUGUAGCUCUCAGAGUUUGCAGGGCUGCCUCCAUCCAGCCCCAGUCUGAAACAUGGAAUUGUUUCAGAACUGGAGGUGGAGGCGUCAGAGAAAUCUUUCUCCAGCGUCCUGGACUGCUGAGAUCUGGGAUCCAGGCCAUCGGCCUCCAGGUUGUAGAUGGGAGGCCUUUGCACAUUCUGGGGGUUCAACCUGUGGUCAUCGGGAAUCCCUUCCACACAGGGCUGACAAUGCUUUGCCCCUGCCUUGGCUUUAGGACAAUCCGGGUAUGCAGAUGGCUCUGUGUGGCCAUGAAUCAGGGCCUGACCCUCAUUUCUGUAACCUCCAGAUUGCUAGAAGAUUCUUAACCCUUCAGAAUGGAACAUGCCAGUGCCUAAAAUGUCGGUGCUUGAGAAGGUCACAGAACUUCUUUUGUUGGUGCCUUAUGGCAUUUAUUGUACAGAGGAAAGAGCUCAGGCCUAAUGGAGUUAAGACAACUGGGACCAAAUUUCUGGUUUUGUCUACUGCCAACACUUGUGUGGUCAGUUUUAGGCCUUUUUCCCCCAAAGUGGAUGUCUGAGUAAGGAAUCAAAUAAAAUGACCAUGGUCACUCUCUA